AUUGCAAAGUGGGGAUAAAAGCUCCUGGCUUGUAGGGCUGUAGUGAGUAUUGAACUAAUUCAUGCAAAGCACUUAAAAUCAUGGCAGAAGUAAAACCUUCAAACAAUACUAUCUGUUGUUACUACUAUGAAAUUUCAGCAGCCACUGCUUUUAUGGGCAUUUUUCAACCUGUCUGAUUCAAUUUUCUUAUCUCUGCAAGAUGAUUUUGUGGAUCAAAAUACAUAGCGUCUUAAAGCACAUAUUAGCAUCAUCAGGAUGUUAAGCAGCUUCUUCCUUCUGAAGGCACUUCUUGCUCUUGAGUUUCUGGCAUCCUGGGCGACUACAGCUGAGCUUGUGAAAGAAGGAGAGUGUCCUCUCGAUAAGAACCCAUGCAGAGACCUAUGCCGGGGUGAUGAGUCAUGCCCAGCUGAGCAGAAGUGCUGUAGCACAGGCUGUGGUUGGGCCUGCCGAGGAGGCAUUCCUAAGGGGAAGAACGGAAAUUGUCCCAUGGUAGUCCAGAAACAAUCCUGUUUGCAGAAGUGCACCAAUGAUGACUCAUGCGCAGGUAUAAAGAAGUGCUGCACAUUUGGCUGCCGGAAGUUGUGUGUGGUCCCAGACACUAAUCAGAAGUCGGUGUUUGGUGGUGAGUGUCCUGCUGACCCCCUUCCAUGUGAGGAGCUGUGUGAUGGUGAUGCAUCCUGUCCUCUGGGGCAAAAAUGCUGCAGCACUGGAUGUGGCCACAGCUGCCGUGGAGGCAUUAAAGGAGGGCAGAGUGGUACUUGUCCAGAUGUUCUGGUGAGCAGGUGUAUUGUUAAUUGCAUGGGGGAUGAAAACUGUCCAGUUGGGGAAAAGUGUUGCAAGUCAGGCUGUGGACGUUUCUGUGUCCCACUAGUCUCGCACUCCAAACUGUCCAUGAACUCCAGCUGGACAGUCUCUUCUGAUUCUGGAAUAGAGAUCCCAGUGCCCUAGUUGCCUGAUUUGUUCAGAGAUCUUUAUGACUCCAGGAGCCUUGUCAUGGCAACCAGGAGAAGUUGAUGUCUUGGGGCUUGUAACAGUCCCAGCCUUGUCUGCUCUGCUUCUCUUCCUGCUUCAGCCUGGAGCAUAGGAAACAGCCCUGACUGGGUAGUGGAUGUCAAUGCUUCUCUAUUCCAAUAAAGGCUGGUGAUAACC